AAUGGGGUCCUGGGCGGCAGGGACGCCGCCACGGAGCCUCACGAGGCCAAGCUGAGCCCCUCUAAGCUCCUGCGCCUCUUUUCGGGCAGCAGGAAGCGGUCCGGUGGGCCGGAGAGGCCGCCGCCCGCCGGCCUGGCGGGAAACUCGGCCACCUGGCACGCCCUGGCCUCCUUCCGCAAGAUGGGGUCCUUCAAGAAGCUGCGCUCCUCCGUGCUGCAGGGCAUCCAGAGCCGGGAGGCGGCCGACCGCCAGGCCCGGCCACCCCCGCCGUCGCCGCCGCCGGCCUGCUGCGAGGUCAGCGUCCAGGAGCCUGCAGACAACCGCCUGGCCUACCGGCGCAGCAGGAGCACGGACAACCUGAACUUCCUCAAGAAGAGCUCCUUCAAGCGGAAGUCCACGUCCAACCUGGCCGACCUCAGAGUGGGCCCCGAGAAGCUGGCACCCCAGAGGACGCUGAGCAGCUCGUCCGCAGACUCGGAGAAGUUCGGCUCGGACAGGAGGACCAAGCGCUGGAAGAGCCCCCUCAGGGCCAAGGACUUCGACCGGGUCUUGAAACUGGUCAGCAACGUGGCCGAUGCCACGUGGAAGAGGGACAGGGACAGCCCCAAGAACGGGCCCCCUGCACCCAGCGACCCUGGCCACAGGCUGCAGCGCCAUAGCAGGCUGCACGACGACUACUCUCGCCGGGUGUCAACCUGCACCGAGCCGGACAGACGGCAGGGCGCGCCCUUCCCGGUGGGCCCUGCCCACAGUCCGGCCACCUCUCAGGGUCCCCACAUCGACGUGGACACCGCCGUGUGCCCGCUGGAAGCCAAAAGUUCUCAGGCGUCAGAAAGUGCCGGGGCUCACCCUGGCCGCCCCUCACCAAGCCCGGCCACCCAGGAAGUACCCACCAGGGAGGCUGCUGACCCACCGCCUCCGGGCCAGUUAGCACUGGGGUCUGAGCAGCUCUCCACUCCUCUGCGGCCCACCAGCCCCAAGCCCCAGAGCCCAGGCGUGGGCAGCGUGACUUUGGGUGGCCCGAGUCACCACAGCGCCCUGUCCCUGAGUUCUGUGGAGAGCGAAGAGAGGCCUGAGGGUUCUGCUCAGAAGGAGCGGGCUUCGGGGCCCCCCCAAGAAGGGCAGCAGACCCCCUGUGGUGAUGAAGGUGCUGAAGACAGCGGCAUCAGCAGCUACUCCCAGUUGAGCCUCAGUGGGACCAUUGGGCCAGCAGAAAAGAAGGAGGAGGUGCUUGCUGACGAUCCCCGGCGGAGGGCCUCAGCCUCGGCACAGGACGAAGAGCGAACAGAGGCCCUGAGGGUCCCCAGGAGGAGGUGGAGUUCUGGCAAGAGGUCCAGACCCUUGCCCAGGCCCCUCUCGGACUAUGGCCAGUCAGUAGGCCGGAGCCUGUCCAUCCCUGAAGACUCCGUGGCCGUAGACACCCAGGAAAUGGACCUUGUGGACAGCCAGCCCACGCCAGGCCUGGCUCCCGUCGGCUGCCCAAAAGGGGCUCGAAGGCGCCGGCCCAUGUCGGUGAUCGGCGGUGUCAGCUUCUAUGGGAGCACCCCGGCGGCGGAAGUGGACAGUCUGCUCACCCAACCCGCCACCCGGCCUCCGGUGCCAGCUCACCAGGUGCCACCGUACAAAGCCGUGUCGGCCCGGUUCCGACCCUUCACCUUUUCCCAGAGCACCCCCAUCGGGCUGGAUCGAGUGGGCCGUCGGCGCCAGAUGCGAGCAUCUAACAUCUCAGCAGAUGGCGGUCCUGAGCCCUCAGCCCUAGUGGACGACAACGGGAGCGAGGAGGACUACAGCUAUGAGGAACUCUGCCAGGCCACGCCUCGUUACCUGCAGCCCGGCGGGGAGCAGCUAGCCAUCAAUGAGCUCAUCAGCGAUGGCAGUGUGGUCUGCGCCGAAGCCCUGUGGGACCACGUGACCAUGGAUGACCAGGAGCUGGGCUUCAAGGCCGGAGAUGUCAUCCAGGUGCUGGAGGCCGCCAACAAGGACUGGUGGUGGGGCCGGAACGAGGACAAGGAAGCCUGGUUCCCUGCCAGCUUUGUGAGGCUUCGAGUGAACCAGGAGGAGCAGCCGGAGAGCUCCCCCAGCACCCCGGGCGAGGAGCGCGAGCAGGGGCCUGGCCACGGCCGCCCCAAGCACUCCGAAAACAAGCCGCAGAUGAGGACCAACGUGAUCCAGGAGAUCAUGAACACGGAGCGCGUGUACAUCAAGCACCUGCAGGACAUCUGUGAGGGUUACAUCCGCCAGUGUCGCAAGCACACGGGGAUGUUCACGGCGGCCCAGCUUGCCACUAUCUUUGGGAACAUUGAAGAGAUCUACAAGUUCCAAAGAAAGUUCCUGAAGGACCUGGAGAGACAGUACAACAAAGAGGAGCCUCACUUAAGUGAGAUCGGGUCCUGCUUCCUCCACCACCAAGAGGGCUUCGCCAUCUACUCGGAGUACUGUAACAACCACCCGGGCGCCUGCCUGGAGCUCGCCAACCUCAUGAAGCAGGGCAAGUACCGGCACUUCUUCGAGGCCUGCCGGCUGCUGCAGCAGAUGAUCGACAUCGCCAUCGACGGCUUCCUGCUCACGCCCGUGCAGAAGAUCUGCAAGUACCCGCUGCAGCUGGCCGAGCUGCUCAAGUACACCACGCCACAGCACAGCGAUUACAACAACAUCAAGGCCGCCUACGAGGCCAUGAAGCACGUCGCCUGCUUGAUCAACGAGCGGAAGCGGAAGCUGGAGAGCAUCGACAAGAUCGCCCGCUGGCAGGUGUCCAUCGUGGGCUGGGAGGGUUUGGACAUCUUGGACCGGAGUUCGGAAUUGAUCCAUUCAGGCGAGCUGACGAAAAUCACGCAGCAGGGCAAGAGCCAGCAGCGGACCUUCUUCCUAUUCGACCACCAGCUCGUGUCCUGCAGGAAGGACCUGCUGCGCAGGGACGUGCUCUACUACAAAGGCCGCACCGACAUGGACGCCAUGGUGCUCGUCGACCUGCCCGACGGCCGCGACCGCGACUUCAACCUCAGCGUCAAGAACGCCUUCAAGCUCGUCAGCCGGGCCACCGACGAGGCCCACCUCUUCUGUGCCAAGAAGCACGAGGACAAGGUGCGCUGGCUGCAGGCGUGUGCCGACGAGCGGCGGCGGGUGCAGGAGGACCAGGAGAUGGGAAUGGAGAUUUCAGAAAACCAAAAGAAACUCGCCAUGCUGAACGCCCAGAGGGCGGGGCAGGGGAAGUCGAAAGGCUACAGCGGGUGCCCCGCGCCGCCUCCGCACCAGAACCUGCUCCCGCUGCACCAGCGCCACGUCACGGUGCCCACCAGUGUGCCGCAGCAGCAGGUGUUCGCGCUGGCCGAGCCGAAGCGCAAGCCCUCGCUCUUCUGGCACACCUUCACCAAGCUCACCCCGUUCAAGAAGUGACGUGGAGCAUGGAGCACGGCUCAGACCCAGGGCUGAGCACUUCUUUUCAGCGGGGACCGCCGCAAGAGAGGGCGACGCUGGCCUGUCUCCAGAACCCCGGCCACCUUCUUGGAAGGGAAGAGGAGGUCGUGACUCACGGCUGCCCCACUGCGAGGACCCUCUGGCCCGCUCAGGCACACAGGGGCUCCCCGGAGGCCAGGCGCACUUGGGAGUGGGUGCCCCGUCAGCUGGUGAUGAGCCCAUCGGUCUCGGACCCAGAGUGCCCGGUCCUGAGGAUCCGCUGGAGGAGGGAGGGGGGCCACCUGUGCUCCCAGUUCUGAAGGGGCCCACCCAGGCGGGGCUGGUCCCUGAGGCCUCUUGACUCGCCCCCGCCACAGGGGGCUGAGGGCACCGUGGAGAGUGCCCUGGAGUCCACCGAGUUGCUCAGUGCUGACCUGGGCACCACCUCACACAGCCCCAGCGGCUCCUUUCCUUGUCGCCAGCGGGGCAGGGGGUUGCAGCACUCUAAGGGGCUGCGGUGUCCAGGGGAGAGUGGCGCUGUCCUCCUCCCUCUGCAAGCAGAACCCGCACCUUGCCGUGGCCUCAGAAACUGCCACGCAGACACCUGUUUCCACUGUGUGAUGGCGCUAACCCGCCCAACGGUAACGCGCCCUCCUCCCCCUGCUGGUGCGCUUCUCCCACCUGUGGUCUGGACGCCCACACAGAUCGAGUUCCAAGACAACACCUGCGUGCCACAGGGGCACGAGCCCACAGAGCCUGCCAGGGUUUGACGCUGGCGUGGCUGCACCAGCCCCAGACCAUGCUGCCGUCCGCCUGCCCACAGGUCCCUGAAGAUGGAGAGGGCGGAGGCGGGGGUGGGGGCUGAUCACGGCCACACCAGCUGGCCAACGGCUGCAGUCCCUGCCCUGCUAAUCUCUGUGGUACACGCUUGAACUGGUGUGUCUUCCGUGCUCGCCCACUCCACGCGCUGGCUGGCCGGGCAGGUGGGUGGGCAGUGCGGGCGCACAUGCUGGGGUGGCCUCCUGCUGAAGUCCCCCUCCCUGCACUGCUGCUCUUGAUGUGCCUGCGUGUCCUAGUAGGCAUUCGCCUGAGAAUAAACGCAUCUGUGGUGACGAGGACAAGCGAGUAA